UUCCAGGGGCUGCUUGCUCGCAGCCUGAGACGCGGCUUUUUUUUUUUUUUUUUUUUUUUUUCCGGGUUCGGAGCCGUUCCGGAUGCCUCAGGCUGCCGGAUGUCUGAUCUCCGGAUGACUGAGGCGCUUCUGUACAUGGAUUAUCUGAGAAUGUCUGAAUGUAUCCAGAUCUCAUUUGCUGUCUCUAGAAUUGGCAUUUACACGUGUUUUCGAGCACUCUGCUGCAAGGGGCCGCCACCUGCACGCCCGGAGUAUGACCUGGUCUGCAUAGGCCUCACGGGCGCUGGCAAGACCAGCCUGCUGUCCAAGCUCUGCAGUGAAAGCCCGGACAGCGUCGUGUCGACCACAGGUUUUAGUAUAAAAGCAGUGCCAUUCCAGAAUGCCAUCUUGAAUGUAAAAGAACUUGGAGGGGCUGAUAAUAUCCGGAAAUACUGGAGCCGCUACUACCAAGGUUCUCAAGGGGUAAUAUUUGUAUUAGACAGCGCCUCUUCAGAAGAUGAUUUAGAGACUGCUAGAAAUGAACUGCACUCAGCUCUUCAGCACCCACAGUUAUGCACUUUACCCUUUUUAAUACUGGCCAAUCAUCAAGACAAGCCAGCUGCUCGAUCAGUACAAGAGGUCAAAAAAUAUUUUGAACUUGAACCACUUGCACGUGGGAAACGCUGGAUUCUGCAGCCCUGCUCGCUGGAUGACAUGGAAGCACUGAAAGACAGCUUCUCUCAGCUGAUCAAUUUGUUAGAAGAAAAAGACCACGAAGCUGUAAGAAUGUGAAAUCUGGCAAAGGAGACGGGUUCGCACAAGGCCUUGAACCUAUCAUGUUAGUUUCUCCUUUUAAUGUUAUUUUGGUAUCAAGACUGUAAUGGCUUCAGUAUCUGUUUUCUUCCAGGUGUCUCAGACUCUCAUCUCUCUAUUAAAGUGAAUAUUCUCUAAAUCAGGUGAAUUAUCAUCGACAUUACCGUCAAGUACACACUACUGAGGGAGAAUUUAUUCUCUGUUUACCACUAAUUAUCUUCACUGCAUGUCUCUGCCUUCUGUUGUUCUAAGCAUCUCUUCUCUACCCUGUGCUAAAAUGGAUGGAAUUUGUGGCUCACAGAAAUCAAAUCCCUUAUGGAGGACGCAGGGAGACUGAGAACCUUGGCUCGUUGACCCUGGGUUUGGGGUGGAGUGUUGUGUGACUGGGGCCGCCCAUUAUACGUGUAUCAUUUUCAAGACCUCUUGGGGGUUUUGUUUUAUUUUACCUUAUUUUAUUUUUAAGUUUUCUUGGUAUACUGGCCUUACAGCAUAUGGAAGAAAAAAUGAGCACCAAAAACUUCAGUUAAUCACUUUAUCAGAAAGGAAUGUCCUGUCGUAGUAAAACUAACUUUGAAAAACUUAAAGACAAGAUGCCUAAUCUUUUUUUUUUUCACAUCUGAAGUCUCCUUCAAUCCCCUUUUUGGACCAGACACUGUCUCCAUUUUUGAGAAGAGUUAGAGGAAAUGUAGGCACAAUGCAUGCAUCACUGAUUACUAUUUCAUCAAGUCCUCAAAUAUUUUUUAAUGGAAAAAUUACCCAACGUAAAGUCGAGCUGAAGUGUAAUACGUUUCUAAGAAUCUUUUUCUAAAAAUCUUAUGUCUGAUUGAAAUAGAGAAAAUAAUUUUUAAAAUAAUACAUUUUUUUUUAAAACAGCCAAAUGAAGUAUAGUUUAUACUGGCUAGGGUUUAAGCUGGCGUGGAUUUGACAGAGAUUAUAAAGGCAGAAUUAUCUGUGUAUUCCUUCAGUAAGUGCUAAUGUAGUUUAAUGGAGUCUGUUAAUGUCUCCAUCCAGUAAUCUAAGGUCUAUCAGUAUUUCUAUGAUAAACCUCUGUUUUCAGGGGUUUCCGUGUGCCCUUAGAAACAUGCUGGGCUACAGCAAAUAAAUAAUUUUAGGGCCUAGAUUCAGUCUUUGGAACUUAAUUUUUUUCAUUUAGUUUAAAUGAUAAAAUUAUACAGACAAAUGUACAGUUUUACUAAGUUUUGGCGCCUUUGACCUUUUCUAAAUCAGGAAUAAACUAUGGAUAUUGAGGUUAAUGGAUGAAAUACUCUUUGGCACAUUUUGUAGAUUUUUGGCCACUGAAAACACGAAGCGGCCAAAUAACAGAAAACUGCUCCUUUCACCCGAGCAAUAAAAACCUGUUUGUAAUUUUUAGGUAGCAUCGACUGGUUCCCUAAUACAGCACUCACACUAUAUUACAGGGUGGUGUAAAACCUUGUAAUUCUCCAGAAGAUAUAUGUCAUUCAAAUUUUGUUUUUGUGGUUUGAUCGUGUAGGUGGAUUUUAAUGAAAUCACUACUUUGGAAACAUGGAACACUUCUUUUAAGCUUUUUUUUUUUAAUGGAAUGGAUCAAAAAAGAUUCAUAUUCAAAUUUUAUCUACAGCAUCCUUGAAUAUUUUUAACAUUAUGUAAUCCAUGAGCAGCACAAACCUUUUAUUCCGAUGACCACUUACACAAUUCCUGCUUCUAUUUUGUCCUGUUGUGCUCAUCUUCUAUGAAAAAUAAAUGAUUAUUAGGCA